CCGAAGCCUGGGCUCCCCGUGUCUCCACUUGGAGGGCUCCGCGCAUCCCUCGCCGUUCGGUCCUACAGGCCCCGAGUCCAGGCCCGACUCACGCAGGGCCACUUGUCCACCAUGAAAGGCUCCAGGGCUCUCAGCGGCCCCGAGGGCAGCCUGGAAGGUGUGGACUUGAGUCUGACAGGCCUCCCUCCACCCAUGAACCGGCGCCCCAAUAGUGCUUCCACCACCAAGCCCAUCACCCGCUCCAUCUCCGUGGUCACUGGCAGUGAGCCAAGGAGGAAGACGCUGGAGAACCCAGGGCCCGGAGGCUCCCGGGCCAUCAACAACCUUCGCAGAUCUAAUAGCGCCACGCAGGUCAACCAACCACAAGCCAACCAGGCGUGGCCCAGCCCCCUCAGGCCGGCAGAGCCCCCAGACUUCCUGACUCUCUUCGAGGGCAGCCCCAGUGGGAGAAAAAGGCCAGCCAGUCUGAGCAAAGCCUCCAGUGAGAAGGGAGCCACGUGGAAUGUGCUGGAUGACCGGCCCAGGGCCUUUACCUUGCCAUCUGAUGCCCAGAGUCCUGGAGCCCUUGACGUGCCAGUGGGCCCGAGGAGGAGAGAGUGCACGGUGCCCCUGGCUGCCAACUUCACCGCCAACAACAGGAGCAACAAGGGUGCCGUGGGCAACUGCGUCACCACCAUGGUGCACAACCACUACACCCCCUCAGAAAAGGUGCCGCCGCCCCCCAAGAGCUCCAACCACACGGCUCCCUCCCUCAACAAUAUCAUCAAGGCAGCCACAGACGAGGGCGAGGGCAGCAGCCUCGGGAAGCCGCAGAAGAACGUGGCCCGCAGCAACCACGUGGUCCAGAAUAACUCGGGGGGUACCGCCAGCCUGCUAAGACGGAAGGAGGUGACCGAGGAGGAGGCUGAGAGGUUCAUCCACCAGGUGAACCAGGCCGCUGUCACCAUCCAGCGCUGGUACCGACACCAGGUGCAGCGGCGCCGGGCCGGAGCCGCCCGCCUGGAGCGCCUGCUGGCGUCCAAGCGAGAGGGGCAGCGGCAGCGCCUGGGAGAGGGGACCCUCCUGGACCAACACCAACAGAAAGAGGCAGCCAGAAGGAAGGCCCGGGAGGAGAAGGCGCGCCAGGCCCGGAGGGCAGCUAUCCAAGAACUGCAGCAGAAGCGAGCCCAGAAAUCAGGCAAUGCUGACCUUGGGCUGCUGAAGGGGACGGGGGAGACGGAGAAGCCCCAGCCCACCCAGGAGCCAGCUGUGAGGCCAGGGAGCACUGCUCAGCAGACCCACAAGGCCAAUAACACUGGGGCCAGGUUCCGCACUGCAGGCUUGGAGGAUGCUGGCCAGCCUGCCCUUGGCUCGUCCCCAGAGCCCCAGCAGCUCUCCGAGGACAAGCCUCAGGAUGCCAGCCUCCAGGACGUGCCUGGUGAGGGCCUGGAGGGCAUGGGCCCUGCUGGGAGCAGGGCCAAGUCAAAGGCAACCCUGGAUGAGCUGCUGGACACGCUGAAGCUGCUGGAGCAGGAACCUGAACCGCUGUCCUGCCCCCGGGCCUACCACAAGGACAAAUAUGCCUGGACCGAUGAGGAGGACGAUGCCAGCUCCCUGACGGCGGACAACCUGGAGAAAUUUGGGAAGUUGAGUGCAGCCGCUGGCCCCCCUGAGGAUGGGACCCUGCUUUCAGAGGCCAAACUGCAGAGCAUCAUGAACUUCCUGGACGAGAUGGAGAAGUCUGGGCAGGGCCGGCCGGCCUCAGCCCCUCAGGGGCCCAUGCUGGAGGAGGGGCUGGGGCGCCUGGAGCCUGCAUCCGAGGUCAGCACAUCAGUGAUGCGACUGCAGCUGGAGGUGGAGGAGAAGAAACAGGCAAUGGUGCUACUGCAGAGGGCGCUGGCACAGCAGCGAGACCUCACCUUCCGGAGGGUCAAAGAGACGGAGAGGGAGCUGGGCCGGCAGCUACGGCAGCAGAAGGAGCACUAUGAGGCCACCAUACAGCGGCACCUGUCUUUCAUCGACCAGCUGAUUGAAGACAAGAAGGCUCUGGGCGAGAAGUGUGAGGCCCUGGUGGCUGAGCUGAAGCUGGGGGACCAGAGGCGCAAGGACAGGGAGGCCCAGCUGCAGGAGCAGCAUGAGCUGGAGAUUAAGAAACUCAAAGAACUCAUGAGCGCCACGGAGAAAGUCCGCAGAGAGAAGUGGAUCAAUGAGAAAACCCGGAAGAUCAAGGAGAUCACGGUCAAAGGCCUGGAGCCUGAGAUCCAGAAGCUGAUCGCCAAGCACAAGCAGGAGGUAAAGAAGCUCAAGGGUCUGCACGCGACAGAGCUGCUGCAGGCAGAGGAGCGCGCGGCGCAGCAUUACGGGCGCCAGGCGGAGGAGCUCCGCGAGCAUCUGGAGCGGGAGAAGGAGGCGCUGGGCCGGCAGGAGUGGGAGCGAGCCCAGCAGCGUUUCGAGCAGCACCUGGAGCAGGAGCAGCGGGCCCUGCAGCAGCAGCGGCGGCGGCUUUACAACGAGGUUGCGGAGGAGAAGGAGCGGCUGGGCCAGCAGGCCGCCAGGCAGCGGGCAGAGCUGGAUGAGCUGAGGCGGCAGCUAGAGGAAAGCAGCUCCGCAGGCGGCCGGGCCACCACGCCCCCAGCCCCCGCCCCACCCCUCUGGGCCCCGCCUAGCAGGAAAGCGCCCCCCAGGGGUGGAGGAGGGCAACCACCAGGACCAGCGCCCCCACUGCCAGGUCAGGCCGGUCCAGGCCCUGGCAGACCCAGCUCUGGGUGGGGAGGGGCCAGGCAAAGCUGCUGUUACACUGUCGCCUGCCCCCAGAUGGAACUGAAGGCCCUGAAGGACCAGCUGGAGGUGGAGAGACAGAUGUGGGAAGCCAACUCCGCCAAGAAGGAGGAAGCAUGGCUGCUGAACCGAGAACGGGAGCUGAAGGAGGAGAUGCGGAAAGGCCGGGACAAGGAAAUUGAGCUGGUGAUUCACCGGCUGGAGGCUGACAUGACGCAGGCCAGGGAGGAGAGCGAACGGGCCGCGGAGAACCGGGUCAAGCGCCUCCGGGAUAAGUACGAGGCGGAGCUCUCGGAGCUGGAGCAGUCUGAGCGGAAGCUCCAGGAGCGGUGUGCGGAGCUGAAGGGGCGCCUGGGGGAGGCCGAAGGGGAGAACGUACGUCUGCAGGGCCUGGUGCGACAGAAGGAGAAGGAACUGGCAGACGUGAAGGCGGUGAACGAGCAGCUGACUGGAGAGCGCAGCAGCCUGGCCCAGGUCCUUCGCCAGGAGUUCGCUGACCAGCUGGCGACGUCCGAAGAGGAGAACCGGCAGGUCAAGGCCGAGCUGGCUGAGCUGCGGGCCCGCCAGCGGCUCGAGCUGGAGCAGCUCACGCGGGAGAAGCAAGCGGAGCUGGAAGAGGUUCACGGGAGGGUGAAGAUGGCCCUGGCAAAGAAGGAGGAGGCCGUGAGCAGCCUCCGGAAGCAGCACCAGGCCGCGAUGAAGCGGGCUGACCACCUGGAGGAGCUGCUGGAGCAGUGCAGGCGGCCAUUUCCGAGCACCAAGUGACCACCAACGGCAGCAGGCUGCGGCCGCCCUGCGGGACACCGAGGCUGCGUGGUAACAGUAAAGAGGUGUCUUUUAAUA